AUGUUCAUCCCAUCGCUGAGACGUGCCGUUGCCGUCUCGUUGACGUGCGCCAUCUUCGUCACUGUCCUCUUGACAAGCCACCAAUUGAGUUGGGAACAAGACAUCUUCGGCUCGUCUUAUCUUGCGGGGAACGAGAGCCAACACACUCCUGCCGCGAAGUCGCAGGAACGCAGCUCGAAAUUCGCAUACGCGCAAUAUGCGACGGACUUGGAUUAUCUAUGCAACGCUGUCAUCAACUUCAAUCGCCUUCAGAAAUUCGGCGCCGAAAAUGACAUGGUCUUGAUUUUCCCCUCUUCAUGGACGGAAGGGAAGAAGGCGGAGGCAAAAGCAAUUCGCAGCAUUCGUUCCAACCAUCCCCGAGUCAUUUUGAGGCCAUUCGACUACGUCCGGAUCUCCAAAACGAAAGCGAGCGCAACGUGGGCCGACAGUCUCAACAAGUUUCAUGCCUUCGACCUUACCGAGUACGAGCGAGUCAUGAUAUUCGACUCUGACAGCCAAGUGCUGAACAAUAUGGACUCUUUCUUUCAAUCGCCCAGGGCCAGCGUGGCUGUCCCCCAAGCAUACUGGUUGAACGAACACGAUGUGCCUGCAGCUGAACGGGUGCUCAGCUCGCAUGUCAUGCUUAUCGAGCCGAACAAGACAACGCACGACAGACUCAUCGAAGAAUCGCUGUCGUCCGGAAAGCUCGAUAUGGAUUUGGUGAACAUUAUGUUCAAGGAUACGGCAAGCAUACUGCCUCACCGUCGACUGGCCCUUCUGACGGGAGAGUUUCGCGAUGAUGACCAUCAGAAGUACCUAGGCCAGCACGAUGACAGUUGGGAUCCGGUGGAAGAGGUGUCAAAGUCUUACCUGGUGCAUUUCAGCGACUGGCCAAUGCCAAAGCCUUGGAGACCGCGCACGAAGAAACAGUGGGAGGCUGCUCUCCCCGGUUGCCCAGAGAAUGAGGUCACGACUGGUCAUCGGCAAUGCGCCAACCAAGACGUGUGGAGUGGGUUCUAUGAGGACUACGAUUCCGACAGAAAACGAUACUGCAAGCGCUGGGGAUGA